UAACAGUGCAGCCGGAGGCAAGGCUGUACUUUCAGGCCGGCAGUCGCUGAGCUCAGGGUGUGGGCUUGCCGCUAGCUGGAACUUUUUCCCCUGCACCCAAUGUCCGGCUGCAAAGGGGCGGACUCGGGCUCCCCGGCCCCGGAGCUGAUCGAUGUUAACAGUAACCGUGCGCUGCGCUCGCUGGGCCGACUGUCGAGCUCGCCAGCAGCCGGCCACCGAGUGCCCGAGCUCCAAGAGCAACUUAAUGCGAUGAAGCGCCAACUGACCGAAAAGGAAGAAUUAAUUGCCAUACUCAGUGGUGGAAGGAGUCGAAGCAGAUUGGAUUCUCAAAAGGGAAUCUUUGAACCAAUGGUGGAAAUUCCAGUUUUACGUGAACAACUGAAUCAUUACCGGGUAGCUUCUGAAACAGCUCGCAGUGAACUGGCUGCACUGCAGGUCAAAUAUAAAAGCAGCCAGACCGAGCUUACAGACACUUGUAUGAAGCUUGCAUCUCAAGAAGGCUAUGUCCAGGAGCUAAAGGCGGAAGUCGAACGCUACAAGAUGGAGAACACGAGGCAGCAGUCGCUCAUUGUUUGCUUGAGAGAGAGAAUCCUGGAAUCUGAGGAGAAGUCUGGAACGCUGCUUUCCUCAAAGACUGAAGCCGAAGUAACUCUGCAGGUCUUACAGAAUGAGAACAGAGAACUCCAACAGAGGAAUACAGAAUUAGAGAGCAAACUCAGGAAAUAUUUAACGGAGUGGGAUGAAGUUAAGCGGGAAGACACAAGAAGAGUGAAAGAGCAUGAUGAAUUCUUGGAGAAACUUGCUCGUGCCAUUAAUGUUGAUUCUAGAGGAACAGAACAUCACCUGGAUUUGCUGUUGUCACAGGUGGGAGACUUGUACAGAGAGAACACCAGGAAGAUUAUCCAGAUUAGAAGCCUUGAGGAGACCGUCGGUGCUCAUGACAUGGAGUCAAAAGCCAGCCGGGAGACUAUCAUGAGGCUCGUCUCGGAACUGGGUCGGGAGCAGAAAGCUGUUGCCUCCUAUGUGCAGGAAUUAGGCACCAUUCGUAAGGAGUUAGACAAUGCACUAAAUUCCAAACACCACCUUGAAAGAGAGAACAGAAGCCUACAGGACAGGCUGGACUCAACACAAAGAGCAUUGGAAGCCUCAAAAUUAGAAACAAGAAGCUGGGAACAGCGUUCCAAAGAACUGGAUGGGAGUUUGUUGACCAGCGUGUGUGAAGCCAAAUCAGUUCACACUCAGUUAGAGGCAUUCAAGCAUCAGUUGGUGUCCCUGCUCAGCAAGACAGAUGUGAUAGUUCCACCCACCGAAGAAGCCAUCAAAGAAAGAAUCCAUGAAGUUUGUAACAGUGAGGAAAAUAGCAAACAGACAGUACCACAGCUGGAAGAGAAUGUAACCAAACUGACACUGCAGCUGGAAAAGCAGGUGGAUCUGCACCAAGCUGCACUGCAACGUUGCAUCAAGGCAGAGCAAGAGCUGUCAGAACUUCAGGAGAAAGUUCGAUUCCUGGAAGGAAACCUGCUAACUGGAGACGUGAUGUGUGAUACCUUGAGCCAGGACAAACAGAAAUAUCUGAAGUUCUUGGAGGACAUAGCAGAGAGGAUGAAACUGGAGAGGGUGACAGCAGAGAUUGGCUUCGAUAUGCAGCUGGAUGCAAUUCUUGCUCGUGCUGAUCAGCUGGUUAAAAUGGAGAAUGAGGCCAUUAUUGAGAACAAGACUGUUGUGUACAACCUGAAGAGAAAGCUAAAAGCCCAGAAAGAUGAGUUAGUUAGCAAAGAGCUGCACAUGGACCUGCUGAGGAGAAAGAUUACACAACUCGAUGCAGAAAAACAAACACAAACGGCACUGGCAGUGGAGAGAGACGAAGCCAACUUAACUGUGCGGAAGCUGAAGAAGAAAGUGGAACGCCUCGAGAAGGAACUUGUCACAGCACGUACGUCCAGCUUAGAUCUGAAAGCAAAACUCUCUGACACUCAGGAGCUUAAGAUUAAAACACUGGAGCAGAGCAAAACAAUAGGUGAGCUGAAUAAAUCUAUGAAGAAGUUGGAGAAAUUGAAGGAGACAGCUGUUGAAAAGCUUAACACCACAAAGUCAGAGCUGGACCUCACUGAGCUUGAGGCAAAGGAGGAAAAAGAGCGAGCCCGGAACAUUCUGGAAGCUGUGGGCAGUGAGCUGAAGACACUCAAACAAACCCUGCAAGAAGUGGCCAGAAGAGAGAGACAGCUGUUGGAUUUCAGGGAGGUUGUCUCGCGGAUACUGGGCCUGAACAUUGAUGCUCUUGCGCUUCCCGACUACGAAAUAGUCAAACGGCUGGAAAAACUUGCCCAGGCUCACCGCACGUCUGCCAUGACGGCGCUGUGCCUUGAGAAUUCGAUGGGUAAGCUACACCAGGGCUACCUGGCAGGAUGCGAGGCCAGGCAAAGGUUGGCCAGCAGUCUGAACCAUCCAGGCUGCAAGCCAGUGCCUGCGUUGCCAGCACGAAGACCGAAAAGUAGUUCAUGAGAAGCUUUAGAAAUCGACGAGCAUCAGUCUGCAAUGCCCGGAUCCAGUUUGGAUCGACCAUUUCAAAUUAUCACAGUCUUUCUACACCCCACCUUUCCUGCCAUGAUCUUGCAACCUUGAGCCCAAGUGGCCAGCUAUGCUUCAGUUAAUAAUCCCUGACGCAUGUCAGAAGUGGGAUCAACAGCUACGUUCUGUCUGUAAAAGUGACCCUCAGCUUCCAGUUGCCUGUGGCUUUAUAAUACAACCAUGUUCCCUGGUCAACACCUCUCCCUCGGGUUUGCUGCAGUACUAUAGCGAAGCUCAGCAUAAGCUGGAACGACAGCACCUCAUUUUCUGCUUGGGGACUCUGCAAUAUCAAAUUCAGUAAUUUUAGAGCAAGAACAUCUUUUUCCAUGUCCUUUAGCCAUCUCCACACCCCAUGCCUUGUUGUAACAUGGACUGCUUAAGCACAGCCACCCCAUUUUCACCUCCUUAUUGUCCCCAUAAUCAGCUUUACUCCUUCCCUGGUUUAGUAUCACCCAUCCCUUUGUCCACCUAAUGUCUUCCUGCCUGUCUGGGCUUUGUCUCCAAUUAACUACUCACUCCUCCUCCCCGCACACACCCCCCCCCCACCUUACUCCCUGUCUUCGUCAUAAGUACCACCUUUUUCCAGAUACUAUCAGUUCUGAAAUAAAGGUCACUGGACUCAAUAUUUCCUCUCCACAAAUGCUGCUCGACCUGCUGAGUUUCUCCAAUUGUUUGUUUUCAUUUCGGAUGAUUGGCUAAUUCAGAUUGAUUAGACAAACAGGUUUAAAAAGUAAACAAACAGUCUGUUCAGUAGAUGUUAUCACGCACCCCUGGAGCAGGUGGGGCGAGAUUAAUUCGGGAUAUCUGGUCGGCAUCGACAAGUUGGACCAAAGGGUGUGUUUCCAAGCUGUACAACUCAGUGAUUCUAUGACUUGAACCUGGGCCUCCUG